AUGGGGUUCAAAAAAUGUGCAGCUGAGUUUGGUGUAUAUGUACAUUGUCCUAAAGAUGAAGAAAUUGUCAUAAUCUGCUUGUAUGUUGAUGAUUUGCUCAUAACUGGAAGUAAGAAUGCAGAAAUUGCAAAAGUGAAAGAUAAGCUCAAAAGUGAAUUUGAAAUGUCUGAUCUUGGUGAACUUUCAUUCUUUCUGGGAAUGAGAUUUAUGAGAAGAGAAGAUGGUAUAGUAAUGCACCAGCAGAAGUACAUUGGUGAAUUACUUGAAAAAUUUGAAAUGGAAAGCUGCAAUUCAUUGUCAAAUCCAUCAGAGACAAACACAAAGUUUGAUGAAUGCACAGAUGAAGAGAAGGUUGAUCCAACUGUGUUCAGACAAAUAGUUGGCUCAUUGAGGUAUGUGUGUAAUAGUAGGCCUGAUAUAUGCUAUGCAGUGAGUGUCAUUAGCAGAUUCAUGCAUGAUCCAAGGAAGUCUCACAUGAUAGCUGCUAAGAGAAUCCUCAGAUACCUUAAAGGUACUUUGGAACUUGGCUUGCUAUUCCCUAUUGGUACAAGCAGUGCAGGGAGUACUUUGAUAGGGUAUUCUGAUAGUGAUUGGUGUUGA